CUUAUAGAAAAUGUCAGUCGAGCGAUGUAUUCUGCAAUGCGCCUGGUGGUUUGGCGCCCUCGGACGGUAGUCGCUUGUCCGGUCCGUGCGUGCCGAAGGAGAAACGUUGCGAUGGCUAUCUGGACUGUCGCAAUGGACGCGACGAGGAGGGCUGCACAGGCAUCUCAUGUCGUUUGGAUCAGUUUCGUUGUGCCAAUGGGCAGAAGUGUAUCGACGCUUCGCUCAAGUGUAAUCACAAAGACGAUUGCGGUGACAAAUCUGAUGAACAGGGCUGCAAUUUUCCACCCUGCCAUCAUGGCCAAUUUCGUUGCACGAAUGCCUUGUGCAUUCCAUCCAACUUCUAUUGUGAUGGAUAUCACGAUUGUGCGGAUGAAAGUGAUGAGGCCAAUUGCACGGCAAUCGCAUGUCCUGAUAACAAGUUCCUUUGUCCGCGCGGCGGCCCGAAUGGCACACCAAAGUGCAUACUGAAAUCUCAACUUUGCGACGGUAAACGUGAUUGUGAGGAUGGCAGCGACGAGGAGACCGCCUGUUCUACCGGUUCUUGUCCCGCGCUCAGCUGUGAAUAUCGCUGUGGCCCAUCGCUUACUGGUGGCGCUUGCUAUUGUCCGAGUGGGCAGGCCAUCGCUGCUGACAACCGCACCUGCAUGGAUCUGGAUGAGUGCGCCGAAUGGGGUCACUGCGAUCAGCUGUGCACCAACACCGAUGGUUCGUAUACUUGCCAGUGCGCGCAGGGUUACAGUUUAAUCAAUAAUUCGAAAUGUAUUGCGCCUGAUGCCAACAAUCUACAGCUAAUAUUUGCGCAUGAUCGCGCUGUUGUGCGCAUGUCUGCACAUGGUAGCGAUCCACGUGUUCUGGCUAAUGCCACUGCUGCUUCAGGUGUGGCUUAUCACUAUCAACGUAACACACUGUAUUGGUCCGAUAUUAAGACACGCAAGGUGCAAUCCAUACCAUUGGAUGUAUUUAACGGUGCUAUCUCCCCCUUAGAUCUUACGCUGCCCGGUACUUGGGCACCCGUCGCGCUGGCCGUCGAUUGGGUGGGCGACAAGAUCUAUGUGGCUGACUUGAUUGGACAGAAAAUUGACGUUUUCGAAUUGAGCGGUCAUUGGCAUGCGGUAGUGUUGGGCUCAAACCUCACCAGUCCCGCUGAUUUGGCGCUAGAUCCCACAUCGGGUCUGAUGUUUGUCGCCGACGGUGGUCAGGUGCUGCGCGCGCAUAUGGAUGGUACGCAUGCGCGUUCAAUUGUCUCCGAAGCCGCGUAUAAAGCAUCUGGCGUUACGGUAGAUAUCAUCGCGAAACGCGUUUACUGGUGCGACUCGUUGCUGGACUAUAUUGAGACUGUCAACUAUGAGGGUAAUCACCGCAUAAUGGUGUUGCGUGGCCAACAAGUGCCAAGCCCGUCACGACUGGCUCUGUUUGAAAAUCGUAUCUUCUGGACAGACGCCACAAAGCAAGGUAUCAUGUCGGUGGACAAGUACGCCGGUCCUACUUCGAUACAAGUAACCUACAAGGCGAAGGAUAUACGCGAACCGAAAGGCAUUGUCGCUGUACAUGCGCUGAGCCAACCGCGCGUUUCAAAUCCAUGCGGCAACAAUAAUGGUGGAUGCAACCACAUGUGCAUCGUGACCGCCGUCAAGGGUGCGCCCACUGGCUUGGGUUACCGUUGUGCCUGUCAUACGGGCUAUCAGCUGCAGACUGAUUUGAAGAACUGUAAAAUUGUGCGCGAGUUUCUUAUGUACUCACAGCAACGCUUUAUAAAAGGAAAAGUACUUGAACCAGUUAUUGAGGGCUUCGGCGAUGCCAUACUCCCGGUGGUCUCGAGACGUGCGCGCUUUGUUGGUCUUGAUUUUGAUUCGCGCGAUGAGUUUAUCUACUACUCGGACGUGCUGCAGGAUGUGAUCUAUCGCGUGCACCGCAAUGGCACGGGACGUGAGAUUGUGCUUGCCUCACAGAACGAAGGUGUCGAAGGGCUGGCUGUUGACUGGGCUGCGAAGAAUUUGUACUACAUUGAUUCACGUAAAGGCACGUUGAAUGUGCUAUCCACGCGAAAUGUUACUUAUCGGCGUACACUCUUGAAGGAUCUCAAGCGUCCGCGCGCCAUUGUUGUGCAUCCCAAUCGCGGCUAUAUCUUCUUCUCAGAGUGGGACCGCCCUGCGAACAUAACGCGCGCGAAUACGGAUGGCACAAACUUGCUUGUCUUCAAGAACGUAACACUUGGCUGGCCCAAUGGUCUGUCAAUCGAUUUCAAGGAAGAUCGCGUUUACUGGUGUGAUGCGCUAUUAGAUCACGUGCAGCACUCUAAUCUCGAUGGUACUGACAUCAAAACGGUCAACUCACGUUUGGUACGUCACCCAUUUUCUAUUGUGAUACACAACGAAUGGAUGUACAUUACUGACUGGCGGUUGGAUGCCAUUAUACGUCUGCACAAGCUCACCGGCGAACAAGAGGAAAUGAUGGUACGUGAACCGCAAACGAAUCGGCUUUAUGGCGUAAAAGUAUACAGUCACGAGGUGCAAACCAUCGCCGACAUUCACCCCUGUCAUUUAAACAAUGGCGGUUGUGAGAAAAUUUGUUUCGCUAUACCUAGAAAUGAUUCGGUAGAGCUAGCACUGCAAACACGCUGCUCUUGCCCCUAUGGCGAGCGGCUAGCCGAGGACCAACGUUCAUGUAUGGCUGAUCCCAAUGCUGAGCCACCAGUGCAGCCAUGUCCGAACUCGUGGGACUUCACCUGCAAUAAUCAGCGGUGCAUACCAAAAUCGUGGGUAUGCGAUGGCGAUGACGACUGCCUGGACAACAGUGAUGAGGAGCAGAAUUGCACAAAACCAACUUGCGGCUCCAACGAAUUUCAAUGCAAGUCCGGCCGUUGCAUACCACUCAACUUCCGCUGCGAUCAGGAGAAUGACUGCGGUGACAACUCAGACGAAUUCGAGUGCGGCAAUGUCACUUGCGGCACCGCUCAAUUCGCCUGCGACAAUGGCCGCUGCAUACCGAAUAUGUGGAAGUGUGACAGCGAAAACGAUUGCGGCGAUGGCUCUGAUGAGGGUGAUUUCUGUGCAGAGAAGACUUGCGCCUACUUCCAGUUUACCUGCCCGCGCACUGGCCACUGCAUUCCACAGAGCUGGGUUUGCGAUGGCGAUGACGAUUGCUUCGACAAACAGGAUGAGAAAGACUGUCCGCCGAUUACAUGUUUGGCGAACCAAUUCAAGUGCGCCGAUCUGCGGCAAUGUGUCGAGGAGUCCUAUAAAUGUGACGGUAUACCAGACUGUAACGAUGGCAGUGACGAACUGGACUGUCCAUCGAUGGGACCGAAUCAGUGCAAUUUGGAAAAACACUUCCGCUGUAAGUCUUCUGGUUUCUGCAUACCCAUUGCUUGGCAUUGCGAUGGCUCCAACGACUGUUCCGAUCAGUCCGACGAAGAGGAUUGUGGCCAGAUCACCUGCGCGCAGAACUUCUUUAAAUGUAACAACUCCAACUGUGUUUUCAAGGCAUACAUUUGCGAUGGCAAAGAUGAUUGCGGUGAUGGUUCUGAUGAAAGUUCUUUGCAUGCGUGUGUGCCACCAGCAUUUAAGUGCCCUUACGGUCAAUGGAAGUGUCCGGGUGUUAGUGAACGCUGUGUGAAUAUGACUUCGGUAUGUGAUGGUACGCCGGAUUGUCCGAAUGGCGCCGAUGAGGGCGAAGGUUGCGAUUUAGCAGAGUGUACACACCAGGGUGGACUUUGUUCGAACGGUUGUCAAAAGACCCCCUUGGGCGCCACCUGCGUUUGCCCGCCAGGCUCAGACAUUGGCGAAGAUGGCUACACGUGCGUCGACAUGAACGAAUGCGAUCCACCUGGACUCUGUUCGCAGCAAUGUACCAACACAAAGGGUUCCUACUUCUGCUCAUGCACAGAUGGCUAUCUACUAGAACGGAACAAGCACUUCUGCAAGGCAGUUAAUCACUCUGCAGCUUUCCUAAUUAUUUCCAACCGCCAUUCCAUACUCGUUGCUGAUUUAAAAGAACAAGGCUUGGAACGCGUGCCAAUAAUUGUAGAAAAUGUGGUGGCGACAGCUUCAAAUAUGCACACAGGUACGAUUUUCUGGAGCGACAUGAAACUGAAGAAGAUUUCACGUUUAGAUCGUGGUCAGGAACCACAAGAAAUAAUAAAUACCGGUUUGGACUUGGUUGAAGGUCUGGCCUACGAUUGGGUUGCAAAGAACCUCUAUUGGUUGGACAGCAAAUUGAAUACGAUUGAAGUAUCUGCGGAGAAUGGCUCAAAUCGUCUUGUGCUGGUGCGUGAAAAUAUCACACAACCACGUGGCAUGUGCCUCGACCCUAGCCCCGAUGCUCGCUUCAUCUUCUGGACCGAUUGGGGUGAGAAUCCACGCAUCGAACGCAUCGGCAUGGAUGGUACAAUGCGCGAAACGAUCAUCAACACGAAAAUUUACUGGCCCAACGGUCUCACAUUGGACAUUGCUACGAAGCGUGUCUACUUCGCUGACUCCAAACUGGACUUCAUUGAUUUCUGCUAUUACAACGGCACUGGACGCCAACAAGUUUUGUCCAACAGUCACUACCUACUGCACCCGCAUUCGCUUUCACUGUUCGAGGACACACUUUACUGGACAGAUCGUCAGCUGAACCGUGUGCUGUCGGCUAACAAAUUCCGUGGAAAGAAUCAGACAGUGGUUUCGCAUCUGAUCAGCCAGCCGCUCUCCAUACACGUACACCAUCCCUCAUUGCAACCAUCGUACCCAAAUCCGUGCGAGAAAUCAAACUGUCAUCAUCUUUGUUUGCUGAGUCCCAGUGCCAAAGAGAACUAUUCAUGCAAAUGUAGACCGGGUUACCGUCUUAUGAGCGAAGGGCGUUGUGUGGAAGAGGAGAACCCCUUCUUGGUUGUGGUGAAGGGCACGCAAAUUGUCGACAUACCAUUGAACGGUGGGGACGCACGCGCUGGUUCGCUUGCGCCAGUUAUUGGUAUUGAGAGUAGCACUGGCUUGGACUUCGAUCGCAAAGGUGAAACCCUUUACUGGGUACAAGGACGUGAGGACGACGAUGAGAAUUGUACGAUAUACUCUACGCCAUACGGCGGCGGCAACAAAACGCUUUUCCUCGGCGCUGACACGGGCGUUGUUGGAUCUCCUUACACCAUCGCCUUUGACUGGUUGGGCCGUAAUCUCUACAUGGGCAACCGCAUUGCCAGCAAUAUUGAAGCGGUUCGUGUGGAUGGUAAAAUCAAGUAUCGUACCAUCAUACUCGCAAACGAUGGUAAUCAAACGUCUGUUUCGAAGCCAAAGCAAAUCGUACUGGAUCCCAACGACGGUAAACUAUUUUGGAUCGAUGAAGGUGGUUUUGGUGUGCCCGUGAAGAUUGGACGCGUGAAUAUGAAUGGCAACAAGCCGAUGGUACUGAAAUCGGAAAUCGAUCAUCCCGUGAGUAUUGCAUUGGACAUCGAGAAGAAAUUGGUGUACUAUAGCACGCAAUAUCCGGCAAGCAUUUGUGUUAUGGACUACCAUGGCGAGGAUCACCGUAUGCUGCUCUCGGAAGAGAACGCCAUUUCGCGACCCAGAAGCUUGGGCAUCCUAGAUUCCAGAUUAUACUACCUUGAUCCAGUCUAUGAGAAGAUUGUACGCAUCGAUUUGCCACGCGGCGAUAAUCCAAAGGUUAUAAUCGACAAUGAACCCGAUCUUAAGAGUAUGAUCAUCUUCAAGAAGCGCCCUAUGAUGCAGCAUCCAUGUCAAAUGAAUAACGGCGGUUGCGAGCAUCUCUGCAUACCCGAUGAUGUUUCCUCACGCACCUGCGCCUGUGGUGUCGGCUACCGCAAG